AUGUCGGAAAACAGCUUGAUGAAUGAACAUAGUGAGUUCAAUGGUUCAGUUGGCAGUCACAAUGGCGGGGAAGAUACACACGUGGAUGGACAAGCUGAAGACACUUCUGCUUAUAGUGGAGAAUCGGAGGAAGUGUACUCUGAUGAGCAAAUAUUAGCAGGUCCAAUGACAGUUAUGUUUUUCAAAUCUGUUGAAUCGGUGUUUCGGUUCUAUAAAAGGCAUGCGAAAAUGAGAGGAUUUUGUGUGUUGAAAAGAACACUUUCUAAGAAUUAUGCUCUUUUUGUUUGUGACAACUCUAGAAAACUAACUAAUCAAAAACACACUAAGAGGAUUGGAUGCGAGGCAAGAGUUAAUGCCGCUAUGAAGCGAGAUGGUUCAUGGAUGGUCAUUAAGGUGUGCAGAGACCAUAAUCAUAAAUUGGACUCUAGCCUGUCAUGGCAGAUGGUUGGACACAGAUAUAUUAAUAAAUCUGUGAAGAGGAUGCUUGAAGCUAAUGACAGAGCUGGCUUAAGACCUUGCAAGAGCGUGAGACUUUUAGAGGUUCAAUCUGGUGGGCCAGAAAAUAUGGGUUGUACCCUAAAAGACUGUAGAAAUUAUAUUGAACAACAAGGGAGGUUGCAAAUGCUAGGAGACAAAGGAUAG